GCAAUAAUUAGCUCAGCUGUGCAAGAGCAAUUGUAACCAUUCUCAAAAGACGAUCAUAAUUCUAAAGAUAUAGAUUGAUGAAAAUACAGAGUUUUGAAGGGACAAUUUCUUAAAUAGACUGAAACAUGUUCGUUUGGUGUUUCUUUCUGGCGCUUGUGCUUAUCCCUGCUGCCGCCGUGGGUGAUUUAGAAGCACUUACUCUAGAAAUAUCAAACCUCGGGCGUAAAAUGGAUUCCUUUCAGGCGUUUGUGUUUCAGGAUAUUUUGAGCAUUAAGGACAAAAUAAACAAAAUGGAUUCGAAAAUAGACGCGAUGAUUGUAAAUGAAAAACUCGAUAAAGAAACAGGUCAAGCACAAUCAGGAAGCCAGACUCAUGAAGCCUCAUCAUUAAAUGAUAAAAUCGAACCCAUGACUUUAAAGAAACAAUCAGAUAGAAUAAGGAGGGGCUUUCGCGAGGAGAAAGAAGCGAUUCGACAUGACUUAGACGAUCUGAAAGGCAUUUCACAGAAUCUUCUUGUUGGGAAAGACCAAAUUACGGAAUACCUCCUAACAUUAGAGACAAACGUCAGCACAUUUCUCGGUAAAACUAUUGGUGAGUUGAAAGAUGGAAUUCUCGACAUAACCAAAACCGUUCAAAGCAAUUUAAACACGUCGAUUGAGCGCAACGCAGUUGAAAUUGAUGAGAAAGUUCAAUCGUUAAAAGAACUUGUUCAACAAACUGAUAAUAUAUGUAAGUCAAGAUCAGACACAAUUACCAAUACGAUAACAAAAGCUCUAUCUGCAUCAGAGAAUACCAUUACCGGCUACCUUAACGACACCAAUCUGAACACUGCCAACCUUGUCGACGCUGUGAAUGAAAAAAUAAAUGUGAUCAAGGAAAACACUGAUGAUAUCAUAGACAAAUCAAAUAUUGCGGUGCGUCUUGCCAAUGGAAGUGAAAUCAGAAACGGUGUGCAAGGACGUUUGGAAGUAUUAAAGUACGGUGUUUGGGGAACAGUUUGUGAUGACGGCUUUAAUGACAAUGCGGCAAAGGUGGCUUGCAAAAUGAUCAGUUCGAAAUUCACCUCCUAUGCAUAUAAAGACCAUGCGUAUUAUGGUCCCGGAACUGGAGCGAUUUGGCUUGAUGACUUGAAUUGUAAUGGAUAUGAAAGUUCUCUAUUUAACUGUCCAGGGGUUAUCAUUGCUAUAAAUAACUGCGGUCACUACGAAGACGUUGGUAUUAAGUGCUGGUACUGAUAGCUUCAGAGAUUCUAUGUGCUUUUAUCCUCCCCGUCUGAGCUUUGAAUUUCAUUGAAAACCUUCCACUGGUAUUAAAGGGUAUCCGAAACGAAUGGUAUUUAUGUAUCUUGUGCUAUUAUAUCUUUACGAAAAUAGACAGUAUCUGCAAAGAGAAAAAAAAGCGUUCUAGUUAUGACUAUAUUACUAAUUGUAUAUAGGCGCAUAAAUAGAUAUACAACAAAUAUGACUAUAUCCAUUAUUUAUUUUCCAGAUGGAAGAAUAAAAACAAAACAGAAACAUACUUAUUAAAAGUAAUGACUAACUAUUUUAAAAAUGCUUUACACUGAAUGUGACAGCGGUCAACAAUUCAACUAAUUCAAAUUAAUGACUUACUCCUUUGCAAAUGCUAAACACUGCAAAUGGCAGCGGUCGACACUUUCCAAUAUACCAAUUAAACCAUAUGAACGAGAGUGUCAGCAUCCAGAAAUACCCACAUGGGAUCAAUUCCAGAAUCGUCUCAAACAAACAAAACGAAAACUCGGGGACCUCUUGGUUAACCUUUCCAAGGUCCUGGACAAAACAAACUUUCACAAAAAUGUAUGUAUAUGUUGGGUAUUAGCCAGGUUUUGAAAGACAUUGUGUUUAUGAAUUAUACAACGUGUAUACUAGUUGAAAUUCCUAUCGUAUGUUAACCUAUUGUAAAUUGUACAAAUAAACAUAUAUUGUGUUCAUAUAUUGAACGUUUUAUUCUCUCUAAAUUACACAUAGUAUGCAUGUAUUUUUGUAUUUUUUGUUUAAUAUUGUUCCAUAUGUUUCAUGUAUUUGAAAUCGUCGUCUGGUGAACUGCUAGGAAAAUAUAUGUAUUGAAAGAAGCAUUUCCAUUAGAUUUAUAAGUAACUGUCACUUUCAUCCCCUAAAAACACACUCAAAGCUGCCUGAAUGCAGAUCUUAUUUAAUUGUCAAAAAUGUUUAACAAUAUUUAAGUUAUUUAGUUUUCUACAUUAUAUUUUGUAAAUUACCCACCUAUUGGACUAGCCACUGCUUGUAUCUACCGCUUCACCAGAUUAAAAUCAAUUACGACUGACUGUUGAUUUACUGCCAUAAAUGUAUUGGAACACUUGAAAAUUACUGCCUUUUUCAUUUGGACAAAAUAUAAUGUUGACGACUUAAUCAUCAUAUAUUUACACCUCAACCUCCCCGAUAAUGACAUCAACCCCGCAAUUCAUUUUUUAAAUAGAACGUAACAUUAUCGUGUUUAUAUGUGAAUAAUAAAAACAGCACAAAUUUACGUUUCUAUAAAAGCUGUAUACUUUCAUUGUCAGGUUUAAACAACCCCAAAAUAUAAUUUUAAAUAAAAGAUAACAUUUUGAAAUAUUUCGAAAAUUUGUGUAGUUGCUGUAGAUGCUUAUUCGGUAGUUAGUUUUUUGUUCUAUUGUUUAUUUUUGUACUGUAUAUGCGUUUAAUGUACUUGAAACACUAUUUUAUGCAUUGUAUAUGCUUUUGUCAAAAUGGGCAUAGCCUUCUGGAUAGUUUGUAAAUAAACAGUGUAAAUAUA